GCUAUUUUCAUUCAGUUAUAGAAGAUGGCAGACGGUGAAGAUAUUCAGCCUCUUGUCUGUGACAAUGGUACUGGAAUGGUUAAGGCUGGAUUUGCUGGAGAUGAUGCUCCUAGAGCGGUCUUUCCUAGCAUUGUUGGUCGUCCUCGUCAUACUGGGGUAAUGGUUGGCAUGGGUCAAAAGGACGCUUAUGUUGGAGAUGAGGCACAAUCAAAGCGUGGUAUUUUAACUCUGAAAUACCCGAUUGAGCAUGGAAUUGUGAGUAACUGGGAUGACAUGGAGAAAAUUUGGCAUCACACUUUUUACAAUGAGCUUCGAGUGGCUCCUGAAGAGCACCCUGUUCUUCUUACGGAGGCACCUCUUAACCCUAAGGCUAAUCGGGAAAAGAUGACCCAAAUCAUGUUUGAGACCUUCAAUGCCCCUGCUAUGUAUGUGGCUAUCCAGGCAGUGCUCUCUUUGUAUGCAAGUGGUCGCACAACAGGCAUUGUUCUGGAUUCUGGUGAUGGUGUCAGCCACACAGUCCCAAUCUAUGAGGGCUAUGCUCUGCCCCAUGCAAUCCUUCGUCUAGAUUUAGCCGGCCGUGACCUAACAGAUUAUCUCAUGAAGAUCCUCACUGAGCGUGGCUAUACCUUCACUACUACUGCAGAGCGUGAAAUUGUUAGGGACAUGAAGGAGAAACUUGCAUACAUUGCUCUUGAUUAUGAGCAAGAGCUUGAGGUAUCCAAGACCAGCUCUUCUGUGGAGAAGAGCUAUGAGUUGCCUGAUGGGCAAGUGAUUACCAUUGGGGCUGAACGUUUCCGUUGCCCUGAGGUCCUCUACCAACCAUCACUAAUUGGUAUGGAAGCAGCAGGCAUCCAUGAGACAACAUACAACUCGAUUAUGAAGUGCGAUGUGGAUAUAAGGAAGGAUUUGUAUGGAAAUAUAGUGUUGAGUGGAGGUUCCACAAUGUUCCCUGGUAUUGCAGAAAGGAUGAACAAGGAGAUCAAUGCAUUGGCGCCUAGUAGCAUGAAGAUUAAGGUGGUGGCUCCACCUGAGAGGAAGUACAGUGUUUGGAUAGGAGGUUCUAUCUUGGCAUCUCUGAGUACUUUCCAACAGAUGUGGAUUGCCAAGGCAGAGUAUGAUGAAUCUGGGCCGUCCAUUGUUCACAGGAAAUGCUUCUAGAUUUGAACGUGUGAUGGUGAAGAUGAUAGUCAACAAAACUGGUGCUGGCUCUCAUGGCACUUGCCCUUCUCUUUUGACUGCUUUUUACAUUAUUUAAGCUACUGAAUUUCCAUUAAUACCUUCAUGUUUCUGGAAGAUAGGAAGUUGUGGAGAUCUUAUCCUUUGAAUUUUUUUUAUUCUAUUUUGUUUAUGUUUAAA